AAUAGUUUGGCCCAUUACCAGCCCAGUGCCUAAUUCCCGGUCGGCACUUCGGCGAGUCGCAAGGUCGCAGUCGAAAAGACGCUAUAACGCCGACGCGGCAACGCCCGCACGCCGCGCCCGCUAACACCGCCGCAGACCCGCACGCCUCCGUCGCCGCAGACCCGCACGCCUCCGUCGCCGCAUACCCACACGCCUCCCGCCGCCGCGCCCACCUCACACCGUCUUAGACCCGCACGUCUCCAGCCGCCGCCGCCGCUUUUCAGUCUGCUUCUCUUCUCAGCUUCUGGGACUUCUGCGUGCCUUCUUCUAAUCGCCACAGGCUGCACCGCAGUAGUUACUUGAAUUUUUUUAUGAUGGAGAAUGAAGCGACCACAAAAGAAGUAGACCUGGUUUUGAUUAAGCAAGGAGCUGAGGCAAGAGUAUUUGAGUCUAAAUUUGUAGGCAGGAGAUCAGUUGUCAAGGAACGAUUUUCAAAGAAGUAUCGACAUCCAACUUUGGACUUGAAGCUUACUCUAAAGCGCUUAAAUGCGGAGGCUAGAUGUAUGACAAAAGCUAGAAGACUAGGUGUUGCUACUCCUGUACUUUAUGCUGUUGAUCCUGUUCUGCACUCCCUGACUUUUGAGUAUGUAGAAGGGCCAUCUGUGAAAGAUAUCCUCCUUGGUUUUGGUUCUGGGGUUAUUGAUGAAGAAAGGAUGGCUGACAUUGCAUUUCAGAUAGGUUAUGCAAUUGGCAAAAUACAUGAUGGUGGACUCAUCCAUGGUGAUUUGACGACAUCAAACAUGUUAAUACGUAGUGGUACCAAUCAGCUGGUACUCAUUGACUUCGGUUUAAGCUUUACAUCAACACUUCCAGAAGAUAAAGCAGUUGAUUUAUAUGUACUAGAACGUGCAUUGCUUUCUAUGCACUCUUCAUGUGGAAAUGUGAUGGAUCGGACACUUGCUGCAUACAGGAAGUCCUCUAAACAGUGGUCAUCUACUCUAAACAAGCUUGCACAAGUUCGCCAAAGAGGUAGAAAGCGUACCAUGAUUGGCUGAGCUUCCAUGCUAUUCUAUUCUACAUCAUGUUCAUUCUGGAUACUUUUCAAGAUCUUAUAGAAGGUGGCUAUUGUUAAGGAAAGAUUUUCACUUUGUUGGAUGCACAUGCUCUGAAGGAAAUUUGAUCAAGUUAAACCCACUUGAUGGUUAGGACAUUUGACAUUAAGAUUGACUACUUGAGCGACUUUCUAAAUAGUUUUGUAGUCUACAUGUGGAGAAUUAAAGACACUAAUAUGUUUUUUUAGAGAUCGUAUGUAACAUUUUGUUGUUCCAAGGGUUCCCCGUUCGAAUAAUUAAAUCAUGAGUUUUU